AAUCUGACAAUACUUUUGCCGCUCUUUCUCGGGUAGUUUCUUUUCUUUGCUCGCAUCGUUUCUUAGAGAAAAAACAGUUUCCUUUUUUAUGCAAAUACCAUCAAUCAAUUCUAGUUCUCAGUGUUUUACGCUCCUGCAUGUUAUCAACGGUUUUUAUAUCUCUGCAACAUUUUUACCAAACAGGAUUUCCUCCAAUCCAUUGAAGUAUACUCCUGUCACCUGUCAUCUCAUUGCUUCGCUAGCAGCUUGAAGAAUGGGCCGAAAAAGCGAGAAAAACAAGGAGAAAAUCCUGAAACGUAAAGAAGAGAAAGCACAACUUACAAAAGCAUGGGCUUCUAUCAAGAAAGCGAAUCAAAUUGAUGAUCCACUUGCUGAAUUUCCAGUUUUCCACAAGUACACUAAGGAUGAAAACGUUUUUCUCCUGGAAACUAAAAAAUUUGAAGCCGUAGACGCUGACACAAUGGACUGGAUUCUUGAUCUAGAAAAGAGGAAUAUGGAAGAUAUGUACAACAACUGCAGCUGGGGCUGGAGUGAUGAAAAGAAAAGCGAUGAGAUGAAAGAUGACCGUGCUAGGUAUUUGAUAGCUCGAACAGAUUAUGGAAAACCUGUUGCUUUCUCUCAUUUUAGGUUUGAUCUUGAUUACGGGUUUGAAGUUUUGUACUGUUACGAACUACAACUGGAAGAAAGUGUUCGUAGGCUAGGUUUAGGUAAAUUCAUGAUGCAAGUUUUAGAGCUGAUUGGUUUUUCAAAUCGUAUGCGUAAAGUAGUGUUAACUAGCCUGAAACACAACCCUCAUGCCAUGGCAUUUUUCACCGCCUUGAAUUACAUAAUGGAUGAAACUUCCCCUGAUGAAGAAUAUGAAGGACCUCAACCCUAUGUUAUCCUCAGCAAAACAAACAAGAAAAUGUUAAAUUUCUUCUCCUAGAUCUAAGUAAGCACUUACUAUAGCUCUUGCCACAUUAUUUUAUUAACUGAUUAAAACUCUACAAAUUUAAAUCAAAGAUUUUGUCAUAAAUGACACAUGUGACUGCCAAGUGUUGAAAGCAUGGGAGAAUGCAUGAUUAGUUUUUUACUUUUUCUCAUUGUUUCGUAGUAUAGAAAAUCAGCCUCAGUGUCUCACUGAACUUGACUGUUCCAGUAAAGUGACUUUAACUUUAGGCCUCUUUCCAGGCCAAAAAUUCAUUUUACAAAACAUUGAUUUUCCCCUAAGUAAUGGCAAGUUAAGUAAUGGACGAAAUGAAAAGAGUAACAUAAGUGUUUUAAUUGUCUAUGCUCUAUUGAUUGAUUUCUUGUUUUAGCCAAUUGAUUCUGAAAAAGUCAAGUGUUGCAUAUCCUAUCUGCUUUGUUCCCGGUUCAACUCAUUGAUGUGUCACUUGCCUAUGAAUUGUAAAAAUGUUCGCACAAAAUUUCGAACCAUGGAUUUUGGAUCAAUUUUUUUUUUCCGAGUCUAUCAGAUUGAAUAUUAUGCACACCUUUCUGUCAUCCUAUCUAACUUACAAUAUCACAUCAUGACGUCAAUUAGUAAUUAAGCUUUCCUUUGCAUGAUCAAAGAUUCAAAAGUGAAUAAACCUUAUUCUCUACAAA